AGAAAUAGCAAAGGCUCCGAACGGACAGAGUUGUCUGCCCGUCACCCAUGGCGCGCUAUACAGACAUGACAGGAUCGACAUGCUCGGUGUUCCCUCGCGCUAUUACUUUUUCAAUGCCGACAACUGGACCUUUGAUCCUGAUAAGCAUCCAGAUGCUGCCGAUGAUCCAAGUCUCAAAGGAUGGAGAUGUCGUCAUGACCGGUGUCUGGACUCAAUGGCAAUCAGGCUCAAGCACUGAGCUACCCAUAGUCUGGGCAAGAAUGUUCUGGACCGAGAAAGAUGUCAUAGAUGAUGUCAAGCCUUUGUCGGAUUACAGGCGACAUGAGGAUUAUGAGCCAUGGCAUGAUAUUCGAUGUCAAGCAACUAUCUUAUUGGCGGUCGGAUAAUCCUGAAGGCAUGCGGUGCGCCCAUGCUGAUGAAAGAAUCGAUGACAACCGGUACGACGAGGACGAUGUCGAAGAUGUCGCUCAGAACGACGACGAUGAAGAAGGCGACGAUGAGGAGGAUGAAGAAAUUGAAGACGAAGACGAGAAUAUCGUCUUUGAAGAAGCCAUAAGACAUAUCUAUGCGCGAAAGAUUCUACUGUCUUCCCGCAGUCCGGAGAAGUAUCCGAUCUGGUCAGAGCUUUUCGAAGAGAUCGCGAAGUACUUGCAGGGCAGGCCGGACACUUUGUUGCAGAAGGCACAGAAGCUCAACGAAUCCCGUACUCUGUUUCCCUGGUUGGUGGAAAUCGGACUACUGGGGCAGAGGAAGGACGGUAGGUGCCGCCUGGCCCAAGGCAUGCGCAGCAAGUUCAGAGAGCAAGGUAGAUAGCUCUCGAAGCCGUAGUCAGAAAUUCGUUCUUCGGUCUUG